AGAGCGAGAGGAUCUUCAGAGAUAAGGUUGGUGUCAUAAGCUAAUUUACUCUCGAGUCUCUCUCUCACACACACAAAAAGAAAAAAAGAAAAAAAAAAACCAAAGGCAGAGAAGAGAAAGAGAUAACAUUUUACAGUAAUGGCAUCGACCUCACUCCUCAAGGCAUCUCCGGUGUUGGACAAAUCGGAAUGGGUCAAGGGACAGAGCGUUCUCUUCCGUCAGCCUUUCUCCGCCUCCGUCGUCCUCCCCAACCGCGCCACCUCCCUCACCGUCCGUGCCGCUUCCUCCUACGCCGAUGAGCUUGUUAAGACAGCGAAAACAAUUGCGUCUCCGGGACGCGGAAUCUUGGCGAUGGACGAGUCGAAUGCGACUUGCGGGAAGCGUUUGGACUCGAUAGGGCUAGAGAACACUGAGGCAAACCGUCAAGCUUACAGGACAUUGUUGGUCUCUGCACCGGGACUUGGACAGUACAUCUCCGGGGCAAUCCUGUUCGAGGAGACUCUGUAUCAGUCUACCACCGAAGGCAAGAAAAUGGUCGACGUCCUUGUCGAGCAGAAUAUUGUCCCCGGCAUCAAAGUCGACAAGGGUUUGGUGCCCCUUGUUGGCUCUAACAAUGAGUCAUGGUGCCAAGGACUCGACGGUCUAUCCUCUCGAACCGCUGCUUACUACCAACAGGGUGCUCGUUUCGCCAAAUGGCGUACUGUCGUGAGCAUUCCUAACGGUCCGUCUGCUCUCGCCGUAAAAGAAGCUGCUUGGGGUCUUGCUCGAUACGCUGCCAUUUCUCAGGACAGUGGACUAGUUCCAAUUGUGGAGCCAGAGAUCUUGUUGGAUGGAGAACACGACAUUGACAGGACUUACGAAGUAGCGGAGAAGGUUUGGGCUGAGGUUUUCUUCUACCUUGCUCAGAACAAUGUUAUGUUUGAAGGUAUCCUCCUGAAACCGAGCAUGGUGACCCCCGGAGCUGAGUCUAAAGACAGAGCUACUCCUGAACAAGUUGCCUCCUACACCCUCAAGCUCCUCCGCAACAGAAUCCCUCCUGCCGUCCCCGGAAUCAUGUUCUUGUCCGGAGGACAGUCUGAGUUGGAGGCAACGUUGAACCUGAACGCGAUGAACCAGGCACCAAACCCGUGGCAUGUGUCCUUCUCCUACGCACGCGCUCUGCAGAACACUUGUCUGAAAACAUGGGGAGGCAGAGCCGAGAACGUGAACGCCGCACAGACCACCCUCUUGGCCCGAGCCAAGGCAAAUUCGUUGGCUCAGCUCGGAAAAUACACCGGAGAAGGUGAGUCCGAAGAGGCUAAGGAGGGUAUGUUCGUCAAAGGCUACACCUAUUGAAGACAACAACAAAUGUUGAAGAGAUCAUGAUCAUGCCGUGAAAGGAAAUGAAACAGAUGUUUUUAUUACAUUUGUUUUUGAGUUUGGUUGUUAUUAUCAUGUCAAAAUCAUUUAUCUUCCCUGCUUAAUUUGCAUUAGCUACUCUCCUUUUAAAAUAAGUUUUAAUAUAUUGAAGUUACGAGUUAUCUA